AUGCAAGCCAUUUCGCAGCAGGUCGACCCAACGCUGACAGACAAUUCUGGGCUGAAGGACCUACUCUCUCGCAAGAUCCCAGAAAAAGACACAUUUGGUAAUACAGUCGCGGAGCAUUUGAAACAUAUGCAUUUGGCACACGGCAGGUUGGGUGGUGGAAUCGCAAUGUCGCUCCCCGAGGGCAUGACCUAUCGAUGCAGGGUGCUUGCAGAGGACCUGGUCCUCGAAGCCCGUGGUACUGCUGUCAUCAUGCAGGACCAGUUUUACAACAACUACAUGUUAGAGAACAUCAAUGCCGCAUACGGGGACGAGGAGUGUGUCGAGGAGACGGAACAGUGGCGUCUCAAUUACUGCUCGGUUGCCCUGACCAGACCAAGUUAUCAGCCCUGA